AUGUGGAGGAUUACAAAUCUGACGUUGGAUCAUAGUUGCUAUACGGACUUGGAUCGAAGGGUUGCAAGACAGGUGACUGCAAAGGUUGCAGCUAGUUAUUUUGCUCGUAGAUUGGUUGACGAAGGGUGUGUUUUGAGGCUGAAGGAGAUGAUCGAUGAGAUGCUUCGAUUACACGGGAUUAAAAUGAUGUAUAGCCUUGCUUUGCGAACGCGGAGCUUAGCUAUAGACAUGACAAAUGGCGACUUCGAAAAGUCAUAUCAGAGAAUCCCAUCGUAUCUAUACUUGUUGAGGGAGCGUAACCCCGAGACUAUAUAUAACUAUCAAACGACUCAUGAAGAUGUGUUCCUCCAUAUGUUCGUUGCCAUUGGUCAGUGUAUUCGUGCAUUUGAAAGCUCUCUACGGCCGAUUAUUGUAGUAGAUGGGACCCAUCUGAAGGGAAGAAACAGAGGCGUAUUAUUUGUUGUUGUCACGAAGGACGGGAAUGAACAAAUCUUUCCUCUUGCAAUUGGUUUGGGUCCAAUAGAGAAUGAUGAAUCUUGGACAUGGUUUCUCUCUAAUCUACGCAGGUGCUACAAUCCUCCUAAAGGUCUCAUGAUUGUGUCCGACCAGCAUAAGAGUAUCGAAAAUGCUAUUAGGUAUGUCUAUCCAAAUGCAGCGCAUGGAUUGUGUUAUCACCACUUGCAUAAAAAUUUGACACGAAUUGGCAAGGAAGCAUUAAUCCACUUCAAGAAUGCGGCAUAUGCUUAUCGAGUUGAAGGUUUUGGAAAAUUCUUUUCGGAGUUGGAGUUGCAAAGCCAUAGCGCUCAUACGAGACUUUCCCUUAUUGGGGUUGAGAGGUGGGCUAGGUCGAGAAGUCCAGUACCUAGGUAUAGUUUCAUGACCUCUAAUGCUGCUGAGACCUUGAAUUCUCGUCUACUGUGGGCAAGACGGCUUCCAGUAUCCUCAUUGCUUGAGACUUUUCGCACUAUUGUGGAAAAAUGGUUUGAUGAGAGACGGGCCAGCGCUAUGUCCAGACAACAUGAGUUGACAGAGCCGGCUUACAACAAGCUGGCGGUGCAAGUCGAACUCAGUCAUCACUUAAGAGUACGUGCCAGAUUAAAUGUGUAUGAUUUUGUUAGUGGCUAUUUCAAAACAAGCAACUUAAUCGAGACUUAUGAAGCUCCUAUUAGAGGUAUCUCACAUCCCGAUGACUGGAAUGUUCCUUCAAAGAUCUCAUCAAUUGUCGUCCAACCUCCGGCUCACAUCCGUCAAUCCGGGCAUCCGAGUAUGAGUCGUGCUAGGACUGCAUUUGAGGAUGAGUCGAUUAGAAGAUGGAAAUAG